ACUGCUUACUUCGUUGUAUGCUGACCGGCUCCCCGCAGCAUAGAGACCAACUACCAGGUUGUCUUUCUUAAGAUGUCAUUGAAUGAAAGACGUAAAGACUAGAAGAGGAGGAGGAAGACUUGGGUAAGGAAGACACACGACUUUGACUUGUCCAAUCAGGGAGGACAGAAUGCUGCUCUUCUGCCACCUUCUAGCUGUGACCAUCCUUCAGAUCUUGAUCAUCUCAGAGAACUGGGUGUUUGCUAAGAACAUCAACUUCUACAAUGUGAGGCCCCCUCUUGAUCCCACACCAUUCCCAAACAGUUUCAAGUGUUUUACUUGUGAAAAUGCAGCAGACAAUUAUAACUGCAAUCGAUGGGCAGAAGAUAAGUGGUGUCCACAGGACACACAGUAUUGUUUGACGGUUCAUCACUUCACCAGCCGUGGGAGAAGUACAUCCAUCACUAAAAAGUGUGCCUCUAAAAAUGAAUGUCAUUUUGUUGGCUGCCGACACAGCCGAGAUUCGGAACACACGGAGUGUAGGUCUUGCUGUGAAGGAAUGAUCUGUAAUGUAGAGUUGCCCACCAACCACACAAAUGCAGUCUUCGCUGUAAUGCAUGCGCAGAGGACGUCUGGAAGCAGUGUCCCCGGUGUCCCCAGACCCUACCUCCUGGUGCUGGCCUGGCUCUUCAUGCUUCCCUUGCUCUGA